ACUUUUAGAAUCUAACCUAACUCGCUCUGAUAUAUUUUGAAAUGUUUUUCUAUUAAAAAUUUGGUACAGUGUUUGUUUUAGAUUUUUUUUACAAUGUUACAGAAUACUAGUAAAGUUAGAAAUCUGUGUGCCACAGUACGGGGGCUAAAACUUUCCAAAUUAUUUAAAGAUAACGACGCAAAAUGUGUACUUGGCUAUUUACAAACUAGACACAAGAAAGAUGAUUCCAGUUUAUCGUCUUUAUUUGUUCCUGUUCAAAUUAAACCGAGUGCAGAUGACAUAAAUGUUGGAGCAGAACUUACAGGAACUUUGAACAAAACAGAUUUGUUAAAAGUUUUGAAUAAGUUUUAUCAGAAAAAAGAAAUUAAGGCAUUGCUAGUAGAUAAUGGAUUAGAUCAGUACCUUCAGCACCAAGCCUAUGUGAGUUUCCGAAGAUAUUGCCUAGAAGCACAAAAUUUACCAGCAGAUAUCCACGUAGUCUUCAGUGACAUUCUACAGGGAGCUGGAAAUAUCACUGAUAUUUUCCCCUACUUUCUACGACAUGCCAAAAUGAUGUUUCCCCAUCUCGACUGCAUGGAUGAUCUUAGAAAAAUUUCUGAUUUAAGAUCACCUGCUAACUGGUAUCCUGAAGCAAGGGCUAUUAACAGAAAAAUAAUUUUUCAUUCUGGACCUACCAAUUCUGGAAAAACAUACCAUGCUUUAGAAAGGUUUAUGACAUCAAAAUCUGGAGUUUAUUGUGGGCCUUUAAAACUUCUAGCCAGUGAAGUGUUUAACAAAUCUAAUAACAGAGGGACACCAUGUGAUCUGGUAACGGGGGAAGAAAGAAAUUUUGCAGAUCCAGCAGGAAAUGCUUCCAAUCACGUUUCUUGUACAGUUGAAAUGACAUCUGUAACAAAUGCAUAUGAGGUGGCUGUGAUAGAUGAAAUUCAAAUGAUAAAAGAUGUACAGAGAGGCUGGGCUUGGACCAGGGCACUGUUAGGUCUUAAAGCAGAAGAAAUCCAUUUGUGUGGUGAAGCUGGGGCAGUCGAUUUGGUCAGACAAAUAUGCCUAACUACAGGAGAAGAUUUAGAAGUUCGUAACUAUAAAAGACUGACUCCGUUAAAAAUUGAAAAUACUGCUGUAGGUUCCUUAGAAAAUGUUCUUCCUGGCGACUGUAUAGUAUGCUUUAGUAAAAAUGACAUUUACAGUGUUUCUAGGGGCAUAGAAGCAACGGGGAAGGAGGUAGCUGUUAUAUAUGGUGGUCUUCCCCCUGGAACCAAAUUGGCUCAAGCUGCUAAAUUCAAUGAUCCUGAAAAUAGCUGUAAGAUAUUGGUAGCUACAGACGCUAUUGGGAUGGGUCUUAAUCUGAGUAUUAAACGUGUCAUAUUUUACUCCUUAAUCAAAGCUACAAUGAACGAGAAAGGUGAGAGAGAAAUGGAUACUAUUUCUGUCUCUUCAGCUCUACAAAUCGCAGGUAGAGCAGGAAGAUACGGAACUCAGUGGCCAGAGGGUUCAGCAACGACGUUUAAGUCCGAAGACUUGCCUACUCUACAGAAUCUUUUAGCGUCACAACCAGAUCCCAUAAUUCAAGCUGGGCUUCACCCAACAGCAGAACAAAUAGAAUUAUACGCUUAUCAUUUACCGAACUCCACCCUUAGCAAUCUUAUGGAUAUUUUUAUUAAUUUGUCAACCGUGGACGAUUCCCUCUAUUUUAUGUGCCAAACAGAAGAUUUCAAAUUUUUGGCAGAUAUGAUCCAACAUGUACCUUUACCUUUGCGAGCAAGAUAUCUCUUCUGCUGCGCACCUAUCAAUAAAAAGAUGCCUUUCGUGUGUACUAUGUUUUUAAAGUUUGCAAGACAAUACAGCAAAAAUGAAAUGAUAACAUUCGACUGGUUGUGUAGAAAUAUCGGAUGGCCAUUACAACCACCGAGGACUAUAUUAGAUUUAGUUCAUUUAGAAGCAGUAUUUGAUGUAUUGGACUUGUAUUUGUGGCUUAGUUACCGUUUUGUUGAUCUAUUCAAUGAACCAAACUUAGUAAGAGACAUGCAACGUGAAUUAGACCAAAUCAUACAACAAGGUAUAGUUCAGCUAACGAGGUUGUUGAGGAAUUCCGAAACUGGAAUUAGUUCGGGUACUGGAGCUGCUGAUGAUGAAGAGUUCGCCAUGAGCAGACAAAAACAAACAUAUUUAAGAGGACAAAAAUCAUUGACUUUGGGCAAAGGCAAAUUGACGGAACGUCUUUUGGCUCAGGGGAUUUUAACGCCAACGAUGUUACAAGAAUUGAAGAAAGAGUGGAAUAAAGGUUCAGUAACAAAUAUCGUAAAAGAAGAAGUCGAAGAACCCAAGAAAACGCGGAGAAAAAGGACAACUAAAAAAUAGGUUUUGUUUGUAGUAUACAUUUUUAUAUAAAUUUUUAAUUUGUU